CUCAACAGCGAACAACGACUUCAGAAUGAGUAUUGCGGACCCCUGCAACAAUCUGGCCCUUCCACCCUGCGUAGACAUUCUCCGGCUGAUGACAUAUCUUCCCGCUGGCGACAUAUCUGUGUCAUACCUCAAUUCAUUGAACUGUCAAUACGCUCGGGCUGAACGUGACGCAGCCGUCAAACAUACUAAGGGGCGAGGAACUGAUACUGAUAUUUGACAUUGACUUGACAGGUAUACAACGUUCUGUAUGGUCUCGUAUUUGGCCAGGCAACAGUCAUGUCUAGCCCUCUCCAAUCAUGCAAGGUACGCUCUUCGCUCGGCUUAUGAAGUCUCAUGAGAGCGAAAAUCACCGGAACUUCUCACAUGUACGUCUCUUGCAAUAUGUAUCUCAUGGCACUCGUUGAACUCGCAUUUACAUCCCUGACCCUCGCGUAUCCCCAGCCCUCGGUGUACGUGACGUACACCGCUCAGUACGACAACUCUUCCGUCUCAGUCGACACCUUGUCAUGCGGAAGUGUUCUCUCCUCAGAAGGUUACACGACCUACGGCUCCAUCCCCCGCUACCCCUACGUUGCCGGCUACUACGGAGAAAAUACAACCUGUGGCCAAUGCUACUCGCUGAACUACGAGUCGACGUACCUCACCGUGCAAGUCAUUGACUACUAUGGAGGCGGGUUUGCGCUACCGACGGAGGCAUACGCCUGGUUGACGACUGGAUCUACGGAUGGGCCGAUUACCGGUGAAGGUAUCACGGCGUACCUCGCCGACGGCCCUUUCAAUUGCAACUGAACGAACUAUAUCAUUACAAAUUUUGUCGACCAUGUCCCGUUGGGCGGUUGGAGUGCGAUCGGGGACUCGAAGGGUUCGAAGGUUCAAUGAGUGGUGGUGGGCUGUAAAUGCACGGGCGUUACUUAUGUUCGGGGAUCGCGGCAUUACGGAGGCAGUAUAUCCAUCUAGACAUUUUAAAGCCGGGCUGUAUGCGCACGUCUCCGUGACCUUGUCGAGGUAAGUUAGGUGGCGACGUUCA